UGCUCGCUGUCGGAGAAGGGAGCGGUGAUCCUUAGUGCGAUCGUGAGACCCGACGGACGAUAUGAAAAAAUUUGGUAGUAACUGGUCCAAUGGGGACACACAUUUUGGAAAGUCUGGCAGUUUCUACGAGGAGCCACAAACCACCUGCAGAUACCAAAGGCCCCAGCCGAGUGAGGAAGUGCUGACACCUCCGGCGCGUGCUCAGGAGCAGAGCAUUUCAAGCUCCCCGAUGGCCAUGGCUGUGAAUUUUAAAACUUAUGUGGAUCAGGCGUGUAGAGCUGCUGAGGAGUUUGUCAAUAUUUACUAUGAGGCAAUGGACAAAAGACGACGCGCCCUUGUCAGGCUGUAUUUGGACAAGGCUACUCUAAUUUGGAAUGGAAAUGUUGUUACGGGACUGGAAGCCCUUGCUAAUUUUUUUGAGAUGUUGCCUUCCAGUGAAUUCCAGAUCAAUAUGUUAGAUUGCCAACCAGUUCAUGAGCAAGCCACCCAGUGCCAGACUACAGUGCUUGUUGUGACCAGUGGAAUCGUGAAGUUUGAUGGAAACAAGCAACAUUUCUUUAACCAGAACUUCCUGCUGACUGCGCAGAGCACUCCUAAUAGCACUGUGUGGAAGAUUGCAAGUGACUGCUUCCGUUUUCAAGACUGGGCUAGUAUUUAAAGGGGCAAAAGCCCAUUCUGUUGGUCCAUUAGUUCCAGCAAGAGAAGUUUCAUGUAAAUUAAAUUAUUACAUUGCAAAAGUAGUAUAAACUUAGGUGUAUGUGCUAAAACUAAAUGUAUGUAAUAUUUUUUUAUCCCUAGCAGCUCCUUUGCUAGAUCAGCUGCCAGUUUAGAUUAUUGCCCUUAAGAGCUUUAAUGAAGGGGUUUUUUUAAACAUGCCUUAUGCAUACAUUCCACUACUGACACUCUCAAGGUAAUAUUAAACAUGAUGUAGGUACUAAAAUACUCACUGUGAACCCAAUCUAUUGCACAAAUGGAGUCCUUUUGUAAUACUGUCUAUGGGAUAGCACAAGAAAGUUCUGUAGGAGGAAGUACUGUCUUUUUCAGUUAUUAGGGUAAUUUCUAAAUGAAGCACAUGCCUGUUUACAAUUAACAAUGGUACUAAAGUUUUAAUAUUUAAGUGUAGAUAUUUGGAGUCAGUUCAACUUAGUUUUACGCUAGUGUUCUGACACAUGUGAAUUGCAUAGAAGUGUGUAAUAGUCCCUGUUGUUUUGCACUUACAUGUUUCCUUUGGAAAUGAGGUAAUCAACUAGGUGGGCGAAAAAUGUUUUUGGCUGAUACUUGCAUAUGGGGUGCAUUUAGUGGCAGUAACAACUCUGAAACAUUUUCGUGGCAGCUUCGGGUCAAUAUAUUUAUGUGAUAAACGGGAAUGAAAAUAACAUCUCUAAUGGGAGGGUAAGGAAUGAGAACUAUAGAAAUCUAAGACUGAAGCCAAAACCGAGAGAGGCAGCCACACUUGUUCCCUACCUCCUGGUAGUGAAGCCUAGUUUCAGGAUUUGCAUCCCAAGAGUCUCUAAGAACCCUUGCCAAAUAAUCAUAAAUGCUGGAUUUUAAGAUCGUUUUACUUCCCCUUCAUGCCUGUCUCCAGUAUCCAUCCCAAUUUAUUUAUGGACUUAAAGGAUUAAGAUAUCAGCUGUAAACUUAACUUUGUGUCAGAAUCUGAACGUUAGAGAGAAAGCUACUGCUCAGUCUUUGUGCAUGCUGAACUCCAAAUUCUUCCAUAUCAGCUUCGAGCCCAAAGCCUCCAAUGUAUUACCCAUCAUGCACAUGACUAAUUUUCUUCUCUGAUUUUUACACUGUCAACUGUAUUACGUUCUUUUUAAAAUUAAGUCAUUGAUUUUAUGAUUUACUUCUGUAUGGCACUGGAUAAGAUAAUAUUAAAACAUUUCUGCCUAUGGUGAAAAAAACAGAAAUCAAAGAAAAGAUCUUCAUGAUAAAUUUCAAAGGAACAAACUCAUUAACUUUAUGUUUUAGAUUCUAAAGACAAAAAAAAUAACCUUUUUAGUUAAACUUUACAAUUCUUUGCAAAUUUUAAAUAUUUUAAGAUAACAUGGUAGCUUUGUUCCUUAUUAGAAUUAAAAUUAAAUUAUUAUCACUCAAUUUUAAAACUAGUACUUUACUUUGGACCAGAAAUGUACUAUAUUUGUAAUAAUUGUAUUAUUUAAAUUAAAUAGAGGGGGAUAAAACUAAUAUUUAAAACCAUGACUUAUUUCAGUUCUUAUCAAAGCAUAUACAUUCUAGUCUAUUCAGAGUGAGCUUGCUUUUUUAUUAAUUUUUCUAUUAUGUACAUCUUUAGCUGAAAUAAUUAAAAUGCCCAAUCACUGCCCUUUCUAUUGGUGGAGAACAAUCGCAAAAGCUUUGUAUGAUUAGCAAUAACAGAACUGAACAAUUGUUAAUUACUUUAUCCAUAGCUGUAUGAUUCCCUAAUGUGUAUGACUUUAAAUGGCUGGAACUGCUCAUAUGUGGACUAAACUAUUUUUGACAUGUUCAUAUUUUUAUAACUUAAAAAAUAAAAUAAAAGUUGCAUUUUCACAA